AUGAGAUGUCCAAGGCCGCUUCGGUCCGAUCCUGCUCAAAGAGAUCCGAAUGUGGUGUGCGAGUACCACGGUACUCAUGGUCAUCGAACUGAGGACUAUCGGCAACUAAGGGAUGAAGUAGCCCGACUGUUGAAGAAUAGGCACUUACGUGAAUUCUUAAGUGACCGGCCAAAAGGAAAUUACAAAAGCAGGGAAGCAAAUAAGCAGGUCGAAACCAGUGGAACCUCAACACGUGAUCAACAUGAUUAUCAUGAUGAAGAUGUGGAGGGCAUCAUUCAACCCCAUAAUGAUGCUUUGGUAAUUUCUGUCCUCAUUAAUACAUCUGAGGUUAAGCGUAUUUCGAUUGAUCCAAGUAGUUCAACCAAUAUUAUCCGUCAGAAAGUGGUAGAGCAGCUGGGGCUGUUGGACCAAAUUGUGCCGGCAGCUCGGGUUCUCAGCGGGUUCAACCUGGCAUGUGAAACUACGAAGGAGGAAAUCACUCUGCCAGUGAAUACCGUAGGGACGGUUCGGCAAACGAAGUUUUACGUCAUUGAAGGAGAGAUGAGAUACAAUGCAAUGCUUGGCAGGCCGUGGGUACAUAACAUGAGGGCAAUAGCCUCGAUGUUACACAAAGUGUUGAAGUUUCCAACCCCGGAGAGGGUAAAAAUAGUUUAUGGGGAGCAGCCAGUGGCAAGGGAGAUGUUCGCAGCUGAAGAAGCAGCUCCAAGACCGAAGGCACUGCCAUUAAAGGCCAUGAAAGAAUCAGUUGAAGGCAGAAAUGCUAAAUAG